CUCUGCUUGUUUUUCCGGGUUGGGACGCUUAAGUACUUACGACAUUGGCUCAAGCCGCCAUCCCACGCCGCAGCGCCGACCAUUGCCAGCUCUCGGACUUACGAGACUUGCGCGUUCUGUAUAUAGUUGAACCCGGCCAUCGUUUUGUAACUUUGCCUGUUUUAAAUUGAAUUCUUCCGCAUCGUACCAAAACCAUGACUCAAACGCCGGAUAUGCAAGUGCUAUCAAGCACUAAUACGAAAUGGACGCGAUUUGCAGCCGCAUUGUCGCCGUGGCAAUUGCUCGUAUCAACUGCACAAUCGGCAUGCCUUUCCACAUUAAAACGGACAAACCAAGGUUACAUUCAUAUUACAUUAAAAAAUGGGGAUGCUCGAGAGUUUGGCAGCAAAAAUGAUCCAAAUCUCCAAGCUUUCGUUACGGUUCUGAGCGAUACAUUCUGGAUCCGGUUGAUGCUGUUCAGUGCAAUGGGAUUCGGUGAAUCCUACAUGUAUCAUGAGAUCGACGUAUCAAAUCUUGCAACGCUCAUCAAGAUCUUGACAAAGAAUCGUGAUGCUUAUUCCGAGAUGAAUCUGCUACCGGCAGGCCUAAACUCCGUUUUGAACAGUGUAUUGCACUCUCGGAUUCCCAACACGAUCUUGAAUGCAGUGAGCAAUAUUCAAGCACACUAUGAUUUGGGCAAUGAGAUGUUUGCGAGUUUUCUGGAUCCUUCAAUGAUGUAUUCGUGCCCAAUCUGGGCGGGAGAGGAUGAUACUCUAGAGCAAGCUCAGUAUAGAAAAAUACAUGCCAUACUGGAUUUGGCAAGUAUUGAAGAAGGACAUCACGUACUAGAAGUUGGGACUGGAUGGGGCGCAUUAGCGAUUGAGGCCGUCAAACGUCACAAAUGUAGAGUGACCACUUUAACCCUCAGUAAAGAACAAAAGGCACUGGCCGAAAAACGCAUAGCAGCAGAGGGCCUCUCAUCAUCAAUCGAUGUAAAACUUAUGGACUAUCGCCAUAUGAGUUCACGUCAACGUUUCGACCGUAUCAUUGCAGUGGAAAUGCUAGAAGCGGUCGGGCCUGAGUUUCUGCCCGUAUUUUUCGCAAAGUGUCAUGAACUCCUUCAUCCCACGCAUGGCAUCGUAGCUUUACAAGUCAUUACCAUGCCGGAUUCGCGAUACGAACAGUACUUGAAGAAAGUCGACUUUAUACAACGUCACAUCUUCCCGGGUGGUCACUGUCCGUCUGUCACAGCCUUAGUGGAUUCUGUGUACCAAGGAAGUAAGGGACAUCUGAUUGUGGACGAGUUGCGAAACAUUGGACCGCACUAUGCAAAAGCCCUCCGCAUCUGGAGAGAGAAAUUCAUAGAAAACUGCGAUACAGUUGCUCAAGAGCAUGGACUAGAGGCGAAAUACGAUAAAGUGUUCAAGCGAAAGUGGGAAUUUUAUUUCGCAUACUGCGAAGCCGGGUUUGCAACCCGAACGCUGGGCAACGUGCAACUGCGAUUGACCCGAUGCAACAAUACUGAUCUCCUUCAUGGGAUUCCAUUGUAGAUAAUCACUACAUUUUGGGUUUUGGGGGAAAAUAGAACACAAAUCUUUAUUUGCA